CUUCUUUAUACACCCCACGACCCCGGCACCUGCACGAAUGCACUGCCAGUUUCAAGAGCACGUUUGCAAAUCAAGACGCGUCAGAAACACCGACGACGAUUGUGAUCGCCCAUAUCUCUUAUGCGGGCCAAGGCAUUAGAUGUAACAGCCAAGGACAAGCCAUCCCGUCGACAAGCAACAAGAAGAACCAGUCAGCCCAAGAUCGAGAGGACCCCGUUAUCAGAGUCAAAGACAAUCGCCAAGCAGGGGACAAACCCUACAGACCGCUCAGGUAAAAACGCUGGGAAAAACAACUCUUUCUGCACUGUCGAGGCUUGGCCUGUGUAGUGCGCACUCAUCGGAAUGUGGAUUGGGAUUUGAAGCGUCCAACCGGAACGAGAGUAUGGAGCAUACCCCGGGCAAGUCGCCGAGCGUAAUGCCAGAGAGUUUGUCCGGCGGUG